AGUCGCUCUGACACACUAGCUAGCAUGCAAGGACAAUUCACGUAAAUGGCGCUUGUCAAGAGGAAAAUAUAUCAGCGUUUGCUGUUCUUUGCCGCUUUUCUUCCAAUCUCAGGCGUUUUUUGCUUCAGUGAGUUAUUUUUCAUCAAGGAGCCCCACGAUGUGACGCUCAUGCGCAAAGAAGCCGUCAUUCUGGACUGUCAGGCGCAUGGAGAAACGGCCAUCGACGUCCAAUGGCUGAAAAACGGCGCCAAAGUGAUGGAAAACGAGCGGGUGUACCUGCUCUACAACAGUUCCCUUUACAUUUCCGAAGUGGAGAGCAGACGAGGAGACAAAUCAGAUGAGGGCUUCUAUCAGUGCCUUGCCCAAAACAAGUAUGGAGCCAUCCUCAGCCAAAGGGCCCGGCUGACAAUCGCAAGUAUUUCAUCGUUUACAAUCCAGCCAACUUCCACUGUGGCAACCGAAGGCUCGGUUGCCAGAUUUUCCUGCAAAAUCAGCGCGCACCCUCCUCCCAUCAUCACUUGGGAAUUCAAUCGGCUUACAUUACCCCUCGCCACUGAAAGAAUCACUGUCCUGCCCAGUGGCGCUCUUCAGAUUCAUGGCGUACAGCGCUCAGACAGCGGCAAUUACCGCUGCGUCGCCACUAACAUUGCGAACCGGCGACGUAGCACGGAGGCCAUGCUCACCGUUAUCUCUGCUCCCAGCCCCCGGCUUCCCCAGAGGCCACGCAUCAUAGCUGGGCCGCAGAACAUCUCUGUGUCGGCGCAUCAGAGCGCCACUUUGGAGUGCAUGGCCACUGGCAACCCCCGUCCUAUCAUCUCCUGGAGUCGAGCAGACAGCAAAUCUAUUGAUGUAUACCACACCAAAGUGCUGGGAAAUGGCAAUCUCAUCAUUACGGACAUCAAGCCCCAGCACAAAGGAGUCUACGUGUGCAGAGCCACCACUCCCGGGACACGAAACUUUACUGUCGCAGUGGCCAACGUUACCGUACUUGCACCGCCUUCUUUGGUGGAGUGGCCGGAGAGCCUGACGCGUCCACGUGCUGGCACGGCCCGCUUUGUGUGCCAAGCUGAGGGGUUUCCAACCCCUCAAAUCACCUGGCUCAAGAAUGGAGAGAGAGUUCACUCCAAUGGGCGAAUCAAGAUGUACAACAGCAAACUGGUCAUUAACCAAAUCAUUCCUGAGGACGAUGCCAUCUAUCAGUGCCAGGCUGAGAACGAGCAGGGCUCUGUGCUCGCCAUGGCGAGGCUCAUCGUGGUCAUGUCAGAGGACCGCCCCAGCGCUCCGCGAAAUAUCCGAGCGGACACCGUGUCGAGCUCGGCCAUCUUGCUGGCUUGGGACAGGCCGCUGUAUAACGCUGAUAAAGUUAUUGCUUACUCUGUGCACUACAUGAAGGCUGAAGGACUAAACAACGAAGAGUACCAGAUUGUUAUUGGAAACGAUACCACUCGCUAUAUUAUUGAUGACCUGGAGCCAGCUCGUAACUACACCUUCUAUGUUGUGGCUUACAUGCCCAUGGGAGCCAGUCGCAUGUCCGACCACAUGUUCCAGCACACGCUCGAGGAUGUUCCCCUCCGCGCUCCCGAGCUCAGCCUCACCAGCCGCAGCCCCACCGACAUUCAGGUGUCAUGGCAACCCCUCCCCGCCAAACUGAGCCGGGGCCGAGUCUCUGCCUACCGUUUGUGGUACCGAACUAGUACUGAGAGCUUAGCCUCACAAAUUGAGCUGCUGGCACAGAAGACGCAGUACCUCCUCGAAAACCUGCAGCCUGACACCAUCUACCUCCUGCGAAUUGCUGCCGCCACAAGCGUUGGGUGGGGUGAGCAGUUGGCCUGGACCUCCCACCGCACCCCAAAGGCAUCCAGUGCUCAAGUUCCUCUUUCUCCUGAGCUGAAUUUGGAGCCUUUAAACUGCACGACAAUUUUGGUGCGCUGGCUGCUGGCACCGAGAAAUUCAGCCAGCGUGCAAGGCUACAAGCUGUUCUACCACGAGGAGAGCCAACCUGAGAGCGCCCCGCUUCAGCUGCGUGCCUCGGACCACUCACAUACGAUUGGAGGCCUCGACCCACGAAAGAAGUACCAUGUGAAGUUUCUGGCUUACAAUUUCCUUGGAGAUGGCUACCAGGCAGAUCAGACUAUCAGCACCCCUGGAUGUGUCUCUGUUCGGGAUCGCCUAGUGCCGCCUCCACCGCCUCCACACAACGUGCACGCGCAGGCCAACAGUUCGUCAAGCAUUUUUCUUCACUGGGGCCGACCAGCUUUCACCUCCAGCCAAGCAGUCAACUACACUGUCCGCUGCAACCCCGUCGGCUUGCAGAACGCCUCCCUGGUGCUCUACCUGCAGACGAAUGAGCAAAGCCUUUUAGUGCGAGAUCUGCAGGCUAACACUAAGUAUGAAUUUGCUAUCCGGCUUCAUAUUGACCAGCUAUCCAGUCCAUGGAGUCCCGUGGUCUACCAGAGCACUUUCCCUAAGGCUCCCACGCUGCCUCCCACCAGCAUCAAGGUGACUUUGAUCGAGGAGAACACGGCCCUGGUGUCAUGGAAGCCCCCGGAGGAAGCCAACCUUUCUGUCACACACUACACAAUCUUGUAUGCCUCCAGAAAUGAGUGGCUCACUGGGGAAUGGCAGGUGGUGCAAAGAGAAGGGAGCAUCACCAUGGCGCUGCUGGAGAACUUGAAGGCCGGCCAGUUCUACCUGGUAAAAGUGUCGGCGUCCAACAACAUGGGCGAUGGGCCUUUCUCUCACAUGGUGGAGCUGACGGUGCAAACAAAUCCCUCCUCCGGCAACGACCCGCGGCUCUCACGAGGUUCCACAAGCUCCAAUGCCUUUUCCAAUGGCUUCUACCACCUGGACCAAACGUCAAUGACAGGCAUCACUGUGGGGGUCUCCAUCGCACUCACGUGCAUCAUCAUCUGUGCUUUCGUCAUACUUUGCAGAAGCAAACACAGGAAACCAUCAGGUGUUAAAGGAAGGAGCCCAUCCGCCUCCUCUGGAGAAAGCCCCGACUCAGAUGACCCGGCUGAGAACACCGACGUGAGCGUAGCCAUGAUGAGCCAGAAUCAUUUCAUCGAUAGCAAGGGUGGAACAAAUCUCAUCAUCAAUUCCCUUGGUCCAGUUCAGCCUAGCGCUGAGAAGAAAAGCAAAUGGUUUUCCUUCAGUAGUCAUGGCAACAAGAGUGUUAAGGACGUGCAGAAGAUGAGACUCGGGCCCACCUCCUACCAGCCAGGCUCCACCGUACUGACCUAUAAUAAGGAACUGUCGGUCACCGCAGAUGAGCCCGUCUCCCUGCAUUCUCUGCUGGGGGGAGCCGGAGAUUCGGAAGGCUCCUCCAGCAGCGACUCCGGUCGCUUCUCGCAAAACGACACAGUCAUGACCGAUCUUUCGUCCGGUCCGAACAGCCGCCAGCCGUCUCUGACGGCGGAGGACAGCGGUGGUGGUGAGGAAGAGGUAGAAAUGCAUCAUCUGGCACAGGAUGAUCAGUCGGACUUUGAGGUUGGUGGAGUCUGUUGAGGAGCUCCGCUGUCAUCGGGAAGCCCAAAGUGCUCGGCCUUUCAGUGUGUGAGGUUGUGUGAGUGUAUUAUGUGUGCGUGUAUAUGCAUUCCCUGUGCGCGGGUGCGUGCGUGCGUGCGUGCGUGUGCAUGUGUGUGAGACCAUUUUUUUAAUCUUCAUCUUCAAGCCUGCUCCAUUUUACAAUUUUUUUUUGUCAGCAGGCAUUUUCUUUUCAUUUUUUUUUUUUUAUUCUCUUUAUUUGUUUUGUAUGUCAUUUAAAAAAAAAAUCUCACCCACCAUGAAUGUUAAAGAACCAAACUUUAUUUAAGAGAGUUUAUCACUGGAGUGAAAGGGAAGUCCUUUUCGCUGAUUAUCUACCUCGGUUCGCUUGCGAGCCAAACCUCGGCUGUAUAUUUAAUAACCACUGUGUUAUGCAGCUUUACAUAACCUGUGAUACUUCCUGAUGAUUUUUUUUCCUCAUUGUCAUCCCAUUUUGUCUGGAUUUUUCUUUUUUUUUCUUAUUCACUGGAAUAUAAGGGCAGUGCCGCUUCCAUUCCUUUUUUCUCGCGCUGGAAGCAAAACAUACAUUUGUCUCCUCAGGUGUGGCCGUGGCCACGGGAGGUCAUGAGCCAAGAGCCAGUAUUAACAAGUGUUAUCUAAUUCAUUAUUGAGUGAUGGCAUGGAAGCAAUAUUGUUUGUUGAUGUUAAUAUGCAGCUGCCCUUGCUGUUCCUGUUAUACUACCUCCCGUUAAUUUGAUACUUUGUCGGCUUUCUUAAACUCAGGGAAUUUUUUUUUAAAAAUCAUGUCGUGUUAUGUACAUGGUGAACUGACAGGGUAUCUUCUCAGUACUAAGUAAGCUGUGCGUAAUUGCCUAAUAGAUUUGCUAUGAAUGUAUCUCUAUGCCAGUAGCUGAGACCUCCCAUGCUUAUGUGAUUCUUUUUUUGUAUUGUCUUCUACGUCUACCUCCUGCUUGUGUCGGUGGACACAAAGCAAGUGUAUGGCCAGCCAUUUGAGCAUUUACUCCAUAUCCACUUUAAAUGCUCAAACAGCUUGAUACGAGUGCCGACAGUGGCAUGCGGGUACUGAGCCGCCUGAUAAUUGGCCUUAGUGUGGACGCAUCUCGACUCUCAGAGGCCGAGCGCGGCCUUGUUUUUCUCAGGUUAGAGGAUGCGAAUCCAUAAAGAGUGGUUGGAGUAACACAUCGCGAGUGUUAAAUAAUCAGGGAUGAAAGUGAAGAAUCUUAAUGAAUGACGUAAAGUUCAACUUCCUGAAAAUUUCUAUUUUUGUGAGAAGCUUUGUACUACUGAGUACAGAAUGUAGUUGAAUCGAGUGCCACAUCUUUUUUUUUUUGUUUUCCUCUAGUGUAGAUAAAGAUUAGCACUUGUCUCCCAAGUAGUUUUAUAUUAGCAGGCCAAUACGCAGCAGUGACCGACGCUAUUACCCAAAGACAUGUUUGCAUACCUGACAUUUUAUUUGUUUUGAAUUAGGGCUGAAUGAUUUGGAAAAAGAAACUAAUUGCAACUCAGGGUCUCUCUCUCUUUCUCGCUCAGCCUUUGUUGCAUGAUACUACAUUAUAAUGUGUUCAUUUGAGUUUGAUUCAUUGUUCAGCCCUAAUUUGUGUCUCGUCAGUGGACAGGAGAAUGUGGAAUAAUCAAACGCGUUAAACCAAAGAUGAAGAUCAGCCGAGGCGCUGCUCCUCAAAACCAUGCCUUUAAUGCACAUUUGUGGCCUUGAACUAGGACAAGUUCUCCAGGGAAGUGCCAGCAGCAUUGAGUGGCAAUUCAUAAAUAUUCCUAUGCUGCACAUAUACACAAAAAUGACCCUCAUGCUGAGUUCCUCCAAAGCUGUUGCAAUCAGAUGUUUGUACAUUGUAGGUCAGAAGUAUAUCGAUUCUUUGUGAUCUGUGUUGCUUGCAAACGUGCACCCAAUCAUCCAUUUUGUGUUUCAGGUACUACUGCAUCUUGAUUUACAAUUUUAUGAAAAGAUGUAGGAAGAUGUAGGAAAAAGUAGACAUAAGAUUUCAAAUUUAGUUAAAAAAAAUGUAUUCACUUGGUCAAAUGCCCAUCCUUAUAUGAAGCCGAUUAAUAUUUUGACGUGUUUUUUUUUUAAUGAAAGAUUGCAGAAAUAUCAGCAGGUGCACGGAUUUUUUUUACAUUGCUGCUUCUAAUCAGAGGAUUAAUCAGGGGUCGUUUUUUGGAUGAUACAAUCAGUUACAUUUUCUUUUCAGGAGCAAACAUAAACCAAAGAUGCUUUUUUUCUAAAAGGUCACUGUUGCAUAUUGGCAAGAAUGAAUCAGUUCAUAUGCAUCGUUUCUAUGUGUGAUUUGUUGUCCUUGUCCAGUCUUUUCAUAUUUUUGACACCCCCCUAAAAAAUAUAUAUAUACAACAGCACACUGCGCUAAAUAAUGCAAUGGUGGUACUCUGUUUUGUGAUUAGGAUUCCCAUAAAAGGUGCUACUGUAGUUGUUUUUGGGAUCAAUGAUUGUGAGAAUCUGGACAAAUGCAACUUAUUCACACAAGAGAACACAACCUUGCAUGUUGUCCUGCUCUCUUCUGAUGUGUUUCUAUCCGAUCAUGUGAAUUGCAAGGGAUGGAAUUGGCUUUCUUGAUUUCUCCCUUUGGGCAGUAAUGUUGUGACGAUUAUUAGUUCAAGUGUCAAGAGCCAUGGGUCAAUUUUUUUUUAUAUACAUAUAUAAAAACUCAGGGGGACCCCGAACUGCUCCUCAGAAGAGAAAGUCGGGAUAAUUGAAUGUAUUUCUUGUGUUUUCUGAUGAUUUUUUUAAUGCUUGUUUGUUUGUCUUUAUCGUCACAAUUAUUUGCAUUUGUUUUUGACAUUUCUUUUAGGAGAUCAUUGACUGUGUUUACUUGUGAAAAGUCUGAUUCUCAAUAAAAGUACAAUAAUUCAA